AUGAACAAGAUUGUUAGCACUAACAGACUUGGUGUCGAGCUCAGCCACACAAGAUCAAACAGCUUAUUUAUGAAAAUAAACAAGGACAGAGAUUGUACGGACAGUUGGCCAACAACUUCAGAGUUAAAGGUAAUUGCAGCAAAAGAACUUUAUGAAGACAACACCGAGAUAUUAUCAGAAAGUACACCGACACAAAGUAACUGUAAUACAAAUGGUAAAGAAGUGUUUGGAAUCAGACCUAAGAAGAGGACUAUGUCUAUGUUCAUCAUGACUUCACAUACAGAAACGCCUGCAGAAGUGUUACCAAUUAAAGGCUUUACAUGUGAAAUUUUAACACAGUUACAAGCAUAUAUCCAACAACAAAUCGUAAAGGUGUCUAAGAUAGAGGAAAACGACCAAGUUACAUCAAGUACGGACAAUACAAGCUGUCUGAUACUUGAAAUAAUUAAACAAGCUCUUGCAUGGUGGGCAGCAAGUUUUACAACACAAACUGUUUUAGGUGAGAAAUGUUUGAAGAAAAAAGAAAUUCCAAGCCUUGUAAGAGCAAUAAUGAAUUGCAAAAUAAAUUCAAAAUUGUUUUCUUAUAAGAAUAGCGAUGAUGAUGUGGAAAAACUGGCUAAACAAUUGGGAUACAUCGUAAUUGAAAUUCCAAAAGAUGGGGACUGUCUAUUUAAAGUCUGUUGCUUUUACAGCUGUCAAACAAUUGUAACAAUAGAGCAUCAGAACUAGCAGAACAUUUACUAGAGCUUGGAAUAAACAUUCAAAACAGGACCAUAGACGACGUAGCUGACAAAUUAAGGGAAUUGGUAGUAAAUGAAUGGCAAGGAGAAUUUCAAGAGGACUAUGCACAUUUUUUCCGAUCAAACGAUCAAGUUCAUGAUGGUGUGGCAUUUAUGCAAGAAAGUGAAAAGUACAGAAAAAAAGGGAACAUUCGCUGGCUCUCUCUGUGAUUCCACGCCACUCACUUUAGCAAACAUUCUAAAACUACCAUUAAUGAUCCUGUCGACAGAACAUAAUGUUCCGUUCACAGAUAUUUGUCCAAGGAAUGUGACACCAGUGCCACACCUGCCUUUUUAGCGUGUUACAAUGCUGGAGGCAGUCAUUACAAUGCAAUCAUUCUUGAUGAAAUCGAUCUCACCAAGAGGCCAAUACACCAACAUCAACGAACAGCUCAAUAG